AUGACACAACUCCUAAUGAGCUUAGCCAAUAGCUACAUAACCAGCAAAAUAUACAAUCUUUUUGGAUUUUCUGGUGGCCGGCAAGAAGAUCCAAAGCCUCUGGAACUCUUCUCAACGGAUAUUGACACCGAACUUUUCGAAGGAAAGUACUUUGCACAGUACAAAACAGAGCCGUUCUACGAGCCCUAUGUGUUGAGCUAUUUCAAAGACUUCAACAUGAUGGGUUUGCAUUUCCAAAAAGUGGCCGAAAAGCUUCCCAAUGCCGAUCGUAAAUACGAUCCAAAUGUGUUAAUCAAUGAAUACGAAAAGCAUUACAACAGAUUUAAAUCCGAUAGACCACCAAAAUAUGCCAGCCCAUUGUCAUUUAACUCAUUCAAUAAGACGAGCCUAGAAGCAUUAGGGCUGCUAAAGGACAGAGCAGAGAAGUCAGUACAUCCAAACUCAAAAUACUUGGCAUGUAUUAUAAAGUCCUUUGAGACUUUUCUUCGGAAAAUUGACAAGAAGAAUACAGAUAAGUCUUGGAUGCCAGUUUCCAAGUUGUCCUUUGACCUGGUUAACUAUCUGUACUUUGUUCAGGAAAAGUAUGGAUUUAGUACUGUGCCGCAAAUAAUAAAAAUACUGGAAAUAAUGUCAGCUGUCGAAGUUAAUUCUCAGUCCAUGCUUAUGAAAAAAUCGUUGGAGCACGAAAAGAUGAAUUUUGAUAACAGGGCUGAUUUUGAUGUGUAUUUCCAAGCUGCAUUGGCAAUUGAAAAAAUAUCAACAAAUUUAAUGAGGGAUUUGGAGUCGACAUUCUCUAAUCGGUAUGCAAAUGACCUUCCAUUAGUGCAUAUUUGCAAUAGAUUUCAGUGCUUGAUGUUCAUACUAUACAUGGCUGCUGAUUUGCCACACAGCAUAGAGCAGUCUACUGAAAUUAAGAUCAGAAACACGUUUCUGGCCAACCUAACAGGCUCGUUUAUUCAUGUGUUACUGAGCUACUUUGACCUGAAGCACUCAAUGGUCAGCAUGAUCUACUACAUUACUAUGGCUCAUUCCAAAAAUCUUGAAUUGCUACAGGCAGCAUAUAGUGCACUUGGCCUUGCAACAAAAGCUCUUCAAUCUAGCAUUUUCGCAGCCACAAAUCACCAUGGCUUUGACGAGACAGAAUUGAUAUAUCCUGGCGAUGUCUACGGCCUGGUUAAGGAACACUUCUACAAUCCGAUAAUAGAAUAUAUGUGCACACUUUUCUUACAGAUUACUACUGACCGUCGGCCUUUCAGUGAAAACUUGGCUUUGGUUUCUGAUUUGUCAAGAGUUUUCUCCACACUUUUGGGUCGAAAGACUGAACAGACAAAUUUUAUGACAGAUUGGUGGAUUUUGCAGUCAAAAACUUUGAGCAGCCUCUUCCCAAGGACAAGCCAAUAUUCGAGCAUUUUGUUGAAUCAUAUGUCACAAGCCUUAUGCAAGAUCUUGAAAAUAAUACCCCUCGUUUGA